UAUUUAAACGGCUCUACAAACAUCCCCCAAAGCUCUCACUACAUUCACAACGUAUAGUAACUUUUUUCUUCCUUUUCAUCCAGAGCACCAUAACCACUAAAAUCCACACUAAACAAUGCUCAGUGGGAAAAUUGUUUUUUCUUUCACGUCGGAGCAAUGAAUAUUAAGAUCAACAUUUUGUCAAUUUACUAUGAUAUAGCAGACAAAUUGUUAAAAUUCUCAUACGCACCGAUGAAAAACAGGUUAAUAUUUGUACAUUGACUCAAUAUUGAUAUUUGAUACAUUAGCAAUUGAAUUGGCUAGCUAAAAAGUCAUCCCCAAAUUUUAGGGUUUUCAUUUAGUAAUGAUAUCCGGAAGAAUUCGUUGAUUCAAAUUGAUUGGAUUUGUCAACUUGUUUGAUUGCCCAUCGUUGUUAGAAUUUUGGUUUUGGUUCUUAUCGACAUUUGGUCGAUUGCAUUAUGAAUAGCAGCAUAUUCAAUUGCCAUUUGAAAAAUUAAGAAGAUAGAAAAAUGGCGCUAUUAAAUGACGAAGAAAUGGAGAACUUGCUUUGUCUCGCCGAUCAAAUCUCCAACGAUUUCGAAAUUGGAAUCAACGAAAUACAAACCCUAAAAUCCAAUUUCAAUGCAGAAAUCAAUCGUCGCCAAUCUCUCGAGCUUAAAUGCUCUACUUUAAGCAGAGAAAAUGAACGUUUGAAGGAUUUCCACCUUGAAACCCUAAACAAUCUGCUACUUCAACUACAAGAAAGAGGAAAAUCUCACAAUUUGAAAGAGGAAUUACAGAAAUUAACUCGCGAAUCGUUCAGAAAGGAUGAAGAUCAUCGGAUUGCUAUAGAAUCACUUAACCAAAACCAUGAUGAGAAAAUCAGGGUUUUGGAAGGUCAAAUUAACGAGAUUUUGAGUCAAAAAGGGUCCGAUGAAGCUACAAUAUAUCAGCUGCAUCAUGAAUUGAUAUCAUUGAGGAAUCGAUUGAAGGAUGUUGAAGAGAAGUAUCGAGGAGAGGUUGAUGACUUGAGGGAUUGUGUUAUUGCUGAGCAAGAAGAGAAGAAGGAAUUGAGUAAAAAAGUUAGGGAAUUGGAGAAAGAAUUGCUUGUUUCAAAGACAAAAAUGGUUGAUCGACAGUCAUCAUCUUCGGAUAAGCAGUUGGAUAUGAUGAAGCAGAAGAUGAUGAAAUUGAGAAGAGAAAAUGAAGUUCUAAGAAGACAGUUGAUUGCUUCUAAAGAGAGCUAAGAAAGGAGAAUAGUCUAAUACAGAUCCUAUGUCCAUCUUCUAAGGAUAUAAUAAUUAGAAGGAAUAAAAUCCAGGCCAUUUAUGCUGAGAACAUUCAAGGUAUGAGUGAACAUACGCAAGCGCGAUUGGGAAAUACAUGUUGAAUGGCGUUGAAUAUGACAUGUCUUGAUCAGUAAACUUUGUAAUUCGAGGUCGAUUGCCCAUCUCUUUCAUCGGCAAUUUUAGAAGAGCCAAAGAAAGCUCUCAGUAGCCUCAUCUAGCAUGCAUAAAAAGCACAAGCCAAUAUGAAAAUUGUGUUAUGAAAAUUCCUUGUCAACUGCAUAUGCUUUGUAAUAGUCAUAAGCGUCUUCUUCAACUUUAAAUGGAAUGCCAAUUUUGAGAUCAUUAUCAAUAUCUCGACUAGGAAUUGUAGGAAGCACUUCUAUUCACUACUAUCAAUUAUUUCAGUCAUCUAGAAUUUUGGGAUAAAAUCAAAAAAUAGAAAAGAGAAAUUCCACAUGUGGGAAUUUUUUACUUUUCAACGUGGUAAAAAUAUAUUUUUAAAAUUUGCAUAGUGACCCCGAGGUAGGGAUGGUUAUGGGGCGAUUUUGAAGCGGGUCUAGUGAGACCUGAAUUCGAACCCGUUAAAUUUUAAUGGUGCACCAAGUAUGAAGAGGAGAAUGAUGGUUACAAUUAUUAUUCAAAUGUAGACCCAAUUAGGCAAUAAAGAACAGAUUGCUUCUUGAUCAGACUGUCUGAAUUGGGCUGAUUUCUAAGCAAUAUUUGAUGACUGCCUAUCCUUGGAAUGAGACACUGAUUUCCUAAGAAAUACAAGGCCUAAUCCUCACAAAUCUCUCAAUGAUCAACCGUGAUCUUGGAGAAGUAUGAAUCUCUUGAGGCUUGAAUGCACACAGCCUUGCAAGAUAGAAAACAGAAACACACUUUGCAAAUUUGAAUGAAAUGAUUGAAUUAUUAUUAAAAUGAUGAAUGAAUGCUACAAAUGGGAGGAGAGCCUUAUUUAUAGACUUGGCCACAAUCCUCAAC